AUGGGUCGAGCCCGGAAGCGCACGAUGGACAUGAUCCGCCUGGUCAAGGGCCUGUCCCGCCACGGCGGCAUGCGGCAGCCGUCGUGGGUGCCCAUGGACCGACUGGCAGAGCUCUACAUGCAGCAGCGCGACGGCAUGUUGGACGGCCAGACGGCCUACGAGUUCGCCGACGAGCAGCUGACGCUCAUUGAGAUGGGCAUUCCCGAGGAAGACGCGUUCAAUAUGCUCAUUGAGAAGUACGACCACGUCGAGAGCCACCGGUUCCUCGACAAGUUUGCCAAACUGCGCGGCCUCGAGUUUGCCGAUCCGGCCGAGUACGACGACAUUGAGAGGGGGUGGGUGGAGGCCGAGAGUCGGGCGAUCAAAGAGGCCAUGCGGCUCGAGCACGAGGAGGAAGAGGCGAUCCGCAACAUGUAG